GAAUUUCAUUUCAAAAUUGCAAACAACAAAAAAUACUUUAGAUUUUAUUUAAAUUCAUAUGGCCGCUAUGUCCAACGAGCUCUGCAGCGAUACUAGACCGCCAGGCGCCUCUACUUUCAAGCCCAUUAUUAUGACGAAUGCGCCCGACCUCAAGCAGGGGGAGAAGAGUGCCAAUACCUUGUCUAUGGGCCGCAAGAAACUACAGAAGUGCUGCACCGAUCCUGAUGCAAAUAUUGUGCUCUCCAACUGCGCUACUUUUCUAGCUGAGGGUCAAGAGCCAACCUUUGUGGGUAAUGUCAUGGCCCCAGGCUAUAAGAUUGCCACAUUUUCUGUGGACAUGCGGCCCGAGGACGCGGAAGAAGCCCAAUAAUGCAGCGGUAUCUCAAUUUGUUAAAUAGAAAACAGCAAUAUGGAAUUACUUGUUAAUAUAUAUUGAAAUAAAUGCUCAUUAGAUAUUCACUAA